UUAAGUGCAGCGAUUACUUCAAUCGAGGGCAGCUUUAGGGGCUCUGAACUUUUCGGAGCAACGGUGGAGUGCUGAUUGCAAGAACGUUGCGCAAAACUGGGGUGACAACACCUCCAAGAGCCUCAUCUUAGCGUGAAUGCAGUUAACUAUAGCGCAAGCUUACAGGCUCGCCUCAUGUUAGCAAGUUACAUUUCGUUACAUUUUUGUCACGUUUGUAUGAAAUGAGGUAAGCUGUUCUUACCACGCCUAUUUCGUCCCAUUAUGCGACCGAGAUAAAUCGCGCCAUUUUUUCGGCAGUCAAGAUGAAUCACUGCUGAACUACACGAUCAUGAAGUAUGUAUUAGCAAAUUAAGUUGUUGAACGAGUUAGUACAAGAACAUGAAUAAAAAAGAAAAAAAAAAUACAGCACGAAGUAGAAGACAAAAGCGGCGAAAGAAACCAGUGCUCGUUAUGUCGCAUUCUUUUAUGCCUGAGUUUUCUGUGCUCGCGUUUUUUUUUUUCUUCUCUAUAUUUAUGAUCGUGGACAUUAUAAACAGUGACAUGCAGUGUAGCGAGCAUGUCGCGAACUUUGCCCAUGAAGUUUUAGUCCUUAUGGUUGGUAGUUCCUCGCGCAUUUUUUAAGUAUGCAACGCACUAAUAACACAGGCAACAAACGCGCUCAACCAUUCUUCCAACGCUCAGGCAGUAAACGCGCACUUGCCCAACCCUCUGGCACCGAGCAGCGAGAUGUUCGUGAUGAACUGGCAACUGCUCGUGCUACUGGGCCAGCUCAUGGGCCAGGCCAAUCAGGACGUGCUACCGCUGCUUGCCUACAUCACGUGGCACCUGAUUCGCGCCCUGGCACCCAUGACGUCACAUCAGCUCGUUCGGGCGCAGUUCGGCGGCAGCCGCAUGGCGUCCACCAUCUACAUGCUAGGCCGCUGCUACGAGGACGCCGACGCGGCGCUGCCGUACGCCUUCGCGCACGUAUUCGCUCGCCGCUGGCUGUCACGUGACGCAAUGAGCGACGUGGCCGCCAUGGAAAAGAGCAUCCGCCGCGAGGCCAACGCCACCAUGAACUCGCUCUCUUGGAUGGACGAGACGACGAAAGCCGUCGCGUUCGAGAAGCUCUCCACCCUCCGCGCCAUCGUGGGCCGGCCGAAGAACCUCGCGUCCGACCAGGCCCUACAACUGAUGUACCCGUACCUGAAUGCGAUGGGCAGCGCAGGCUCGUACCUGACUCUGAUGAACUCCGUCAGGACGGCGCAGUUACGGUACGCAAAGCGCUUUCUGAGCACCAACGGCUCGACAGAGGGCGAUGUCAGCGUGCCGCUGACCGUGGUCAACGCCUUCUACCUGCCCGUUUACCACGUCAUGGUGAUCCCGGCGGCAAUCCUGCACCCGCCUUUUUACGUGGCCGGCUACCCGAAGUCCUACAACCUGGGUAGCCUGGGCCACGUGCUCGGUCACGAGAUGACGCACGCCUUCGAUCCCGACACGGGACUGUACGACCGCAACGGCCAGCGCAGGGACUGGUGGACGGCCGGGUCGCGGGUGCAGUUUCAGAACCGGCUGGACUGCCUGCGACAGAUGUACAACACCAUGUCGUGGGCCGAAGGAAUCGCGCACGGAGACUACGCGCUCACCGAGAACUUCGCUGACUCGGGUGGUCUGCUCAAGGCGUACCGAGCGUACCGCGCGGUGAGAGCCGGCUCGCGACCAGCGGCUCCUGCGAGUCUGGCGGGCUUCACGGACGAGCAGCUGUUCUUUCUGAGCAGCUGCUUCAAGUGGUGCUCCACGGAGGACAAGCAGGGUGCCGGAUCGUACUCCCCGCCGAGGCUGCGCUGUAAUGUCCCGCUUAUGAACAUGCGCGAGUUUGCUGAGGCGUUCGACUGCGCCUCGGGAACGACUAUGAGUCCCUCGACUCGUUGCGACUUUAUGUGAAAAGCUCCUGCAGUGAAUGCCUGUGUCAGCUGCAAAAAAACUUAUGAUGUCUGAAUGAAAUAUUAUUAUAGAGCCACGGUUACGCCUUACAUAUAGGACGCUAAAGAGUGAUCUUUACAAUCAAUGAACCUUAAAUCAGACGUGAGAACACAACAUUGACAAGCAAUUCUUGUUCUUUUUUUUCCUUUUGCGAGCAUUACAAGGUUUCCGUUUUUUGUUUUCAUUACGGUAAAAUGUUGCUUAGUGGAG